GUGACUCGCAUAUAAUAUAGGUGUUUUUGUAUACUUAUAAGGACGUCCGUCGAACCUAGUCUUGUUCGCCAAGACUCACAAUACCACUGUGGCGUUGGAUAUCUUAUAUAAGCCGGCUACUAUCAAAAUAGUCAAUCAUCAUCGCCGAUGAAUUGUUUUCACAGUGUUGGCUGCUAACUUGUUUACCUAAUUCAUUAUCGAGCGUUUUAAAUAUGAUUGGAUUCGGCGUUUGCAUGUUGGCGUGGGUGUUUUUCUCGGUAGUCGUAUUACUUUUGGCGUUUUCCAUGUGUUUCCGUGCCCAGAGACCUGCGGAAUAUCGUCGAAUGUCUUCUAAACUGCCGUCACUACCCCGUGGGUACUUGGCCGAGCUCAAACUAUCAUUACAUCACGCAACCCUCAAAUCUACAGAUGUCUUACCAUAUUUUGGAAACUUAUUUAAGCAGUACGGUCCUUUAGUGCAUAUGAAUGUAUUAGGUAAAUCAUACGUGUUAUUGAAUGAUCCAGAAUAUAUAAAAGCUUUAUUGUCCAGCUCACAACAUAUUAAUAAAGGACCAGAGUAUGGCAUGCUUAAACCUUGGUUAAACAAAGGACUGCUAACUAGUUCAAAUCCAAAAUGGCAUUCACGAAGAAAAAUGUUGACGUACACUUUUCAUUUCAAAAUUUUGGAAACUUACAUUCCUACAUUCAAUAGACAUGCACGGCUUUUAACUAAUGAACUUGGAAAAAUGACCGUUAAAGAUCAACGUGUGUCUAUUUACUCUUUUAUGACUUUGUGUGCUUUAGAUAUUGUUUGUGAGACAAUAAUGGGCACAGAACUGCGAUCACAGGAAGGUGAAUCAAUAGAAUACGUUAAAGCUAUAUAUACUGUAACUGAUGUUAUGGUUAAACGGAUAUUCAAAUUUUGGUUGUGGAAUAAUUUUAUUUUCAAAAUCAGUAAAGAUGGAAGAGAUUUCAAAAAGUCUCUAAAAAUAUUGCACCAUUUUACAGAAAACGUGAUUAAAGAAAAACGAGAAAGGCUUGAAUCAGUCAAUGCUAUUCCAAACGAAGAGAUUUGUUUUGGUAAGAAGCGAGUAGAAUCUUUUCUUGAUCUUCUGGUUGGAAUGUCAAAAAAUAAUCCUGAAGUUAUGACAGAUUUGGAUAUCAGAGAAGAGGUGGACACCUUUCUUUUUGAAGGACAUGACACAUCGUCAACUGCCAUGACCUUAGUUUUAAUUAUGCUGGGAAUACAUAAAAAUAUACAAGACUUAGUUAGAGAAGAACUUUAUUUAAUAUUCGGUGACAGCGACAGAGAAGCGACUUUAGAAGAUUUAAAAUCAAUGUCAUACUUAGAAAGGGUUAUUAAAGAAACCAUUAGACUAUAUCCUAGUGUUCCCGGAUUUACAAGAAGGCUUCGACAAAAUCUCGACGUUGGUGAAUACAAAAUUCCACCUCAAACAGUCAUUGGUGUUAUUCCAUAUUUGUUGCAUCGCGAUGAAAAAUUAUUCCCGAAUCCAUUAAUUUUUGAUCCGGAUAGAUUUCUACCUGAAGUUAACAGUACCAGACAUCCAUAUUCGUAUUUACCUUUUAGUGCUGGUCCGAGAAAUUGUAUUGGACAAAAAUAUGUGAUGCAUCAAAUGAAAACUGUUAUAUCAACCGUUAUAAGACAAUUGAAAAUCGAAACGUUGGGUACACAAAAUGAUAUUAUAAUUGGAGCACAGUUAAUAUUAAGACCAGAAUCACUUCCAGAUAUAAAAAUUACAAGACUCAAAUAAUAUUUUUUUUAUAUAGUCGGUUGUAUUAUUUAUAUAUUUUUCUUUGUAAUUUUAAUAAAAAAAAAAUAUAUUUAUAUAUUUAUAUAAAUAUUAAAAUGAAUACUGACAGAGGUCUAUUUAUGUAAAA